AUGGCAUUUUCGUAAGUUUGCAACUAUAAAUAAGAGCCCUCAGCUUUUGCUACUUCUAACGUUUCCGUUUGUAUCGACGACCUAGAAUUCAUUUGCUCACUAGGGUUUUUCUCUGCGAUACGAUGAGUCGUCAUCCUGAGGUGAAGUGGGCACAGAGGUUGGACAAGGUUUUUAUUACAGUUUUAUUGGCUGAUGCAAAGAAUGCAAAAGUAAACCUAGAACCAGAUGGCAUUUUCACUUUCUCUGCUGCUGCUGGGGCUGAAAACCGCCUUUAUGAAGUGAAGUUGGAUCUCUACGAUAAGGUGAAUGUGGAGGAAAGCAUAAUAAACACUGGAGUCAGGAGUGUAUUCUGUGUUAUUGAGAAAGCAGAGAAGGAGUGGUGGAAGAAGCUUUUGCGCGGGGAUGACAAGACACCACAUUAUGUGAAAGUUGAUUGGGACAAAUGGGUGGAUGAAGAUGAAGACACUGGUCCUGCUGCUGACUUGGAUAUGGGAGGGAUGGACUUCUCAAAAUUUGCUAAUAUGGGAGGAAUGGGAAUGGGUGAUGGAAUGGGCAUGGGAAUGGGGAUGGGCGGUGGCAUGGGAAUGGGGAUGGGCGGUGGCAUGGGAAUGGGAAUGGGGAUGGGCGAUGGCAUGGGAAUGGGAAUGGGGAUGGGCGAUGGCAUGGGAAUGGGUGAUGAUCUUGAAGACAGUGACGAUGAAGAUCAAGAAGUGGAAAAACCAGGACAUCAAGAGAAGCUAGAUGAUGCUACAGAGGGGAAGACAGAAGCUGCUCCAAGCACAUGAGGUGUUUGUGUGUGAAAAUAUCAGAGGAAUCAACUCCAAACUUAUGCUUGGGCGCAGUUUGGAUAACAAGCCUGUUCAGUACAGGACCAGCUACAUUAGAGUGUCUUCCAUCAUCCCAAAGCUUUAAGUUGGGCUGAUGUUUUAUUUUGAUAAGUGGUAGGUACUGGCUUAAGCCCAGCUAAAACACUCAGUUUUUUCAAUUUGAAUGCCGUUUGUAUUUUAAAAGAUUAGGAUACAAGGGUAGGCAUUAUAGUCGUCUCUUUUUUUUUUUGUUCCCCGUUACUGUAACUGUCAAAAACCUAUUAUUUUGGUUUAUGUUUUGUGCUCAUCGAGCCUAACUUCUAUGUUUGAUAGUUCAGAAUGGAUGUGUUGGGAGUGUUUUCCAAGCCAA